GUUAAUCCUCUAGUUCUAUCCUCUAAUAUUCUGGCGCCCAACAACAUUACAUUUUACAACUACAAUGGUGUCUCACUUGUCUUCUUCUUGUUCAUAUCUCAACCUUCAUUUCACUAAUAAUGAUUCCUCUCUUUCCUUCUCUUCUACCUUAUCCUGUCCUCUUCAACAAUUCCCAAAUAGUGCUUCUCAAAAGAGGAACAGUAAUGAAAAUUAUAGAAGCUAUGCUGUAAAGUGUGCACUUGCAAAAACCAGAAUGCCUCCUUCGCCCGCUUCUGAUGCAUACAUAAGAGAACCUCACAAAUAUUUUGAUGAGGUGAUUAUCACAGUUCGUGCUGGAGAUGGAGGGCAUGGUGCCGUUCUUAGUAUGCCCAACCAUAAAGCUCCAUCUAAGUCAGAAGGAAAAUUUGGCAGAGAUAAGGCAAAGAAGAAAGCCUCUUAUAAAAGGGACUUUGAUGGCUCAAUAAUCCUACCAAUGGGGGGACAUGGUGGCGAUGUUGUCAUUUGUGCAGAUGAGAGUAAAGAUUCACUGUUGGAGUUUCACAAUAAGAGAAAUCACAAGGCGAAGCGUGGGGGGAAUGUUGAUUCCAUGGGUGUGUUAACAUCUCUUAUGCAAAAUGGAGCUACUGCACCAACAUUGAGAAUUCCCGUUCCACUAGGUACUGUUGUCAAACUUAAAAGAGGAAAGUUUUUGGCAGAUCUAGCUAAUCAAGGUGAUGAAGUUCUUGUUGCAAGGGGAGGACAAGGAGGGAUUAGCUUGUUGGAUGUUCCAGAGCACAAAAGGAAACAAAUGACGAAUUUGUCAACAAAUAUAAUGAGAGAUGAAACCGAUAAGGUUUUAUCUUUUGGCCAGUCUGGAGAGGAAGUUAGCCUGCAGUUGAUACUGAGAGUUGUGGCUGAUGUGGGUCUUGUUGGACUUCCAAAUGCUGGAAAAUCAACCCUAUUGGCUGCCAUUACGCAUGCAAAGCCUGAUAUUGCUGAUUAUCCAUUCACAACGCUGAUGCCAAACCUUGGACGUCUUGAUGGUGACCCAAGUUUAGGGGCAGACAAAUAUUCAUCUGAAGCAACUCUAGCGGAUCUGCCUGGUCUAAUAGAAGGUGCACAUUUGGGAAAGGGUCUAGGGCGUAAUUUCUUGAGACACUUGAGGAGAACAAGAUUGUUGGUUCAUGUUGUUGAUGCAGCUGUUGAGGACCCAGUCGGUGAUUACAGAACUGUAAAAGAAGAACUGCGGAUGUACAAUCCUGAGUACCUUGACAGGCCAUACCUUGUAGUGCUAAACAAGAUUGACAAACCUGAGGCAAUAGACAAGCUUCCUACCUUGACCGAAGAAAUAUGGAAAAUUGGGUGUGAGAGAAUAUCUUCCGAACCUGACCCAAGCUCUGGAGCUGUGGCUGAGUCCAUUUCUAUUGACGAGAGCCAAAACAGUGAUCAUUCUUCAGGGUUAUCUGCUAAGGAUCAGAAGGUUAAAGAACUUGAAGAGUAUCCACGCCCUCUUGCUGUUGUGGGUGUUAGUGUACUGAAAGGGAUUAAAGUCAACGAGAUGUUGAAAGCAAUAAGGGCAGCGCUACGCGAAUCCCAAUAAUACAACCUUGAUGCUAUUGUCAGGUUUUUGUCAGGAGAGAUGAAGUUUUGUACUGUUAAAAUGAUUGGCUGCCUCUUAAUAUAUCAUAAAAUGCUUUUUUUUUGGAUGCAUUAUGGACUACUAUUAUAGAGGCAAAGUUUGUCAGCCUACUCUUCAAAGAUUAUGUGACUUUACGUUUGCAUUGUGAGUCCUUGGGAUUUGUAUGCCGGCAAUCUCAUGCUGGAAAAUUAUAUAGCGGCUGCGUUGUGUAUGUGAAUAUUUUGAGACC